AUGCGGGGUAUUUACAUCCAUCUGAGCGUGUCACGUGUCUGUAAAACGGCUAUUCUAAUUCAACGUAAACAAUAUACCCGAGAUCUUCCAUCGGAACGAUUUCCGUCGAAAUGACCCGAAAGGUUUGCAUGCCAGCACUUUUACUGGCUGCUGUCGACAUUCCUUGCACGCGUGGGAUUUUUACGACGGGACGAGCACCUCAGAUCGUCUUCUCUUUGUUCAGGCUCAAGACAAGAGGAAGGCCCUGGAGGAGACCAAGUCCUACACCACUCAGUCUCUGGCCAGCGUGGCUUACCAAAUCAAUGCCUUAGCCAAUAAUGUGCUCCAGCUACUGGACAUCCAGGCCUCGCAACUACGACGCAUGGAGUCCUCCAUUAACCACAUCUCCCAGACGGUGGACAUUCACAAGGAGAAGGUCGCCCGUCGUGAGAUUGGCAUCCUGACCACCAAUAAAAACACCUCUCGCACCCAUAAGAUCAUCGCCCCGGGCAACGUGGAGCGGCCCGUGCGCUACAUUCGAAAACCGAUCGAUUACACGCUGCUGGAUGAUGUCGGGCACGGAGUAAAAUGGCUUAAAGCCAAGCAAAAUGGGAACAAUGCUGCAGGACGAGGAGGGGGGACACUGUCCAGGACAAACCCACCAACCCAGAAACCCCCCAGCCCCCCAAUGGCUGGCCGUGGCACCUUGGGACGCAACACCCCCUACAAGACGCUGGAGCCGGUGAAGCCUCCAGUGGUGCCCAACGACUACAUGACAAGCCCAGCCCGGCUGGGCGGCCAGCAGAGCCCUGCGCGUACAGCCUCGCUCAAUCAGAGGCCCCGCACACACAGCGGCAGCAGUGGUGGCAGCGGUGGCAGGGAGAGCAGUGGAAACAGUGGAGUGGGUGUCCCCUUGGCGGUCCCGACACCUUCUCCUCCCAGUAUGGGCCAAGCAGCGGCGACAUCUUCCGCCUCAGUGCCACAAGGGCCCGGGCUGGGUCCGAUCCCCAUGUCGCAGUUUGGCACCAUCUCUCGGCAGAUCUCACGUCACAACUCCUCCACCACCUCCUCGGCCUCCAUGGUGUCGGCCACGGGGACGUAUCGCCGCGCUCCCUCUGUUUCCUCUCAGCAGCCCCAUAUUAACGGGGGUCCGGCAUUCCCGCAGAAUUCAGUGUCUGUGGCUCCUCCGCCUCCUCCGAUGGUCCAGCUGACACCACAGAUCCCUCUGACCGGCUUUGUGGCUAGAAUGCAGGAGAGCAUAACAGACAGCCCAGCUCCACCUCCUCCGCCUCCACCAGAGGAAAUGGGUGUGUUUGAUGAGCCCUCGCCCCCACCUCCUCCUCCGCCUGUCGACUAUGAAGAAGAGGAGGCUGCGGUUGUCCAUUACAGUGACCCCUAUGCCGAUGGAGAUCCCCAGUGGGCCCCGAAGGCCUAUUUAGAGAAAGUUGUGGCCAUCUACGACUACAGCAAAGACAAAGAGGAUGAGCUGUCCUUCAUGGAAGGAGCCAUCAUUUACAUUAUCAAGAAGAACGACGACGGCUGGUUCGAAGGCGUCUGCAACGGCGUCACCGGACUCUUCCCGGGAAACUACGUCGAGUCCAUCAUGCACUAUGCUGAUUAGCGGGAAGGAAAAAAAAAAAACCAACCCGCAAUGCUAAGGUAAAACAGGGAAGGUGUAUAGAUGAAUGCAGCUCUUACAGCUGUCAUCUCUCCUUUUUCGAUGGAAGCGCCACGGCAAAAUGUUUGGGAAUAACAGUCUACCACUUUGGCUCGAGAGAAGCACAAUGGCCGCCGAAGCUUUUCGAAGCGCCCGUUCUGUUAGUUUUACACUGUUGACAUGAAGGGAGGAGAUGAAAGCGUUUCAGAGUGCUGCCACGGCGGCAGCGCUUUUGAUUCCCAACUUCAAUUCUCUGCCACACGAGAAAUGAGAAGGGUGAAUAUUUGUCAAUGUUUGCGUUCAUAUGUUAGUGCAGCACAGCCCUGAUCACAUUUGCCGUGUUCAAACCCGACCGGCUCUUCCACAAGGUGCUGCAUCACUGUGAAUUCAACUUAUCAUUGCGUCGCCGCGCCAUCUUGCGCCGUAGACCACGCGGACUGGCCACGUUGCCUGCAAAUUCCAUUCUACCUGAUCAAGACUGAAAUACAGAAAAAAAAAAACAGGUCAAUAAGUGCAUUAGCACGCGACUGAAUGUCAAUCUUCUCAUGUUACAGAGGGAAGAAGGCAACCUCACCUUUCAGGGAUUUGUUGUGAUAUCACCUAAAACACUGAAAAUGUUUUUAGUAGAAGAUCUGCAGUGGGCAGGAAAACGUCCAUUUUCGACCACUUUUUUUUUUGUUCCGAGUAAACUUGAGCUUACACUGGUUGACUUUUCAGCGAGAGGCAGGCUACCUACUGCUCUGAUUGCCUCUCGAUGAUUGAACACGUGUCACCAACCGUCGACCCAGCACACCCGUUUUAUGAAUCGGAGGAAAUAAGACGAAACGGCAUCGAAAGAAACACAAGCACAGAAAGAACCCUACGCGGAAAGGUCUGAGCCCAGAUUCGAGCCCAGAGCUUUUAGUUGUGAAUCCGACUGGCGAGCCGCAUCUGUAACCGUGCCACGAAUGGAGGAAAAAAAAUAACACGAUGUCAGCAGUGACUCGAUCUUCUAAAAGUCCACAUUUUCUAAUGUUUGAGAUGAUAUUCGUAGAAUCCCUUUAAAACUGGUCAACCGGGUUGAUGUAGAAUAUAAA